AUGGCACCGGUAAGGAAGUCGAGGAGUGUGAACAAGCGUUUCACCAAUGAAACUUCACCACGAAAAGAUGUUGGUAAAUCGAAGAAAAAUAAGCAGCGUAAGAAGAAAUUGUCUGACAAGUUGGGACGUCAGUGGAGCAAAGGAGAGCUUGAGCGUUUCUAUGACGCUUACCGGAAGCACGGGCAGGAUUGGAAAAAGGUUGCUACUGCAAUUCGGAAUAGCAGGUCUGUUGACAUGGUGGAAGCCCUUUUUAAUAUGAAUCGGGCAUAUUUAUCUCUUCCGGAGGGAACUGCUUCUGUAGCUGGCCUUAUUGCGAUGAUGACGGAUCACUACAGUGUCAUGGAAGGGAGUGACAGUGAAGGAGAAGGCCAUGAUGCUCCAGAAGUACCUAAGAAACAGCAAAAGCGCAAGCGUGCAAAACCUCAGCUUAGUGAUUCGCAGGAGGAAGUUGAUGUACAAAAUUCAACUGCGUCAACAGAUGGAUGCCUCACUUUUUUGAAGCAAGCACGGACCACGGGAAAACGUACACCUCGGAUUCCUGUACAAACUUCAGACAUGAGGGAUGAUAGAUCUACUCCACCUAGUAAAAGAGCCAGGAAGCAACUCGGCUCCCCAGAUGAUUAUGCACAUUUUAUAGCAUUAGCAUUAACAGAUACAUCGAGAAGGGGAGGGUCUCCAAAAGUUUCUGAAUCACCAAAUAGAAGAACAGAACUCAGCGAUAGCUCACCGAUAAAGAGUUGGGGGAAAAUGUCGCGAACAAGAAAAACUCAAUCCAAGUACCGUGACAGAGAUGCUGCCUUGUUGAUGGAUAUGGAAGGCGUUGGCGAAAUGGAGGUUCCGCGGAAGGUAAAAAAAACCUACAAGAGAAACGUGAAAGUCGAAGAAGCAGAAGGUAAUGAUUCUGAUGGAAAUGGAGAAGCAUGCAGUGCCACACAGGGGUUCAGAAUUAAAUCACAGAGACGAAAGGCAGAUGUUGGAGCCUCGAGAGGGACAUAUUCACCGCGCAGCCCAAAGAAAAGGGAUACAAAACUUACUUCCGGAGAUGAAUUUGAUGCUCUGCAAGCGUUGGCUGAGUUGUCAGCUUCAAUGCUUCCGGCAGCUUUUAUGGAAUCAGAAUCAUCGGCUCUGUUGAAGGAAGAAAGAACAGAUAACGACAUGGACGAGAAAUCCAGCACACCAGAAGCUACAUCCACAAGCAGCCAUGAGGAAAGAGCAGAUGCAGAACCAGAUGAUAAUCUCCUUCAUGCAAUUUCUGCUCUUGAGAAUGCUAAUAAUAAAAAACCGAAACCUUCAAGGCAGUCCACUGAUUGUAAUGAUGUUUCCACUGGGAAGCUACAACCGCAAACUACUAGUGGCAGUUUAAGAAGAAAACGUAAACCAAAGGUGCUAGGGGAUGAAGCUCCAACAUAUUCUAGGCAGAAUAAAACAAUGAGCAAGAAGGAAUUGGCCCAAGAAGAGAAUAAUAUCAAGUCUUUGGUUAGAACAAAACGGGCUGGUCAAGGUCCGGCGCAGUCAAAACAGUUGAAAACUGUUAAGCCGUUGGAGGAAUCUACUAUAAUAAUCGAUAAAAAAAGCCCUGUGAUGGAUGUAGUGAUGCCAACUAUACAAGUUUCUGAUUUGGGCCCAGCCAGUUUACCGCAGAAACCUCCUAGCAGGCGUAAGGAUAAGCUUUCUACUAUUCUUUCGUUUCCCUUGGCACGUCGAAGGUGCAUAUUUGAAUGGUUUUAUAGUGCUAUCGACCAUCCCUGGUUUGCAAAGAUGGAGUUUGUUGAUUACCUAAAUCACGUGGGACUUGGUCACAUUCCAAGACUUACUCGUCUUGAAUGGAGUGUCAUUAAAAGUUCUCUUGGUAGACCGCGAAGAUUCUCUGAGAGAUUUUUACAGGAAGAGCGGGAAAAACUCACACAGUACCGUGAAUCUGUGAGAAAGCAUUACACAGAGUUUCGAACAGGUGCUAGGGAAGGGCUUCCUACAGAUUUGGCUCGGCCAUUAGCAGUUGGGAAUAGAGUCAUUGCCAUCCAUCCGAAAACACGAGAGAUUCAUGAUGGGAAAAUUCUCACUGUUGACCAUAACAAAUGCAAUGUUAUGUUCGAUGACUUGGGCGUUGAGUUAGUUAUGGACAUUGAUUGCAUGCCUUCAAAUCCAUUGGAAUACAUGCCAGAGGGUCUACGGAUGGAUAUUGAUAAGUGCUUGUCUAUGAAGAAAGAAGCACAGCUAAACGGGAAUUCAAACCUUGGUGUGUCUAUUAUAUUCCCUCCAUCCGGACUUGAAAAUAUCGACUUUUCCAUGAAUUCGCCUCUGAAUCAGGCUGCAUCAUCUGUGAAGGAAGGAGAAGAUGCGAGGAAAAUGAUCCAAGUAGCCUUGGACUUGAUUGGCAAACACCAACCAUUACACGGCUCUAUGGUCAAACAUCACGAGCAUGCAAAUGGAAGCAUAGAACAUCAUCACAACCCAACUCCCUUGGAACCUAUGGCUAACAACGGUGCCGUCUCACAAGAUGGUUCAGAGAAAAACGAGGCUCAAAUGCCUUCAGAGCUAAUCAGCUCCUGUGUUGCCACUUGGCUCAUGAUUCAGAUGUGCACGGAGAGACAUUACCCUCCAGCUGAUGUGGCACAGCUUAUAGACACAGCAGUCACGAGCUUGCAGCCUCGAUGCCCCCAGAACCUACCGAUCUACAGAGAAAUCCAAAUGUGCAUGGGACGGAUCAAGACUCAAAUCCUGGCUCUAGUACCAACUUGA